AUGACGUGUUGUUGAGCGAUGAAACACCGCACAGUGCGGUGAUCAGUCAUUCAUGUCAAAUUGCAUCGUUGGUUUACGGUACGUUAUUGUACUGAAAGCUCCCCACAGCCGAGUACCAGCAACUACAGAAAUGGAAAACGACUGUACAGUCAUGUCGGAUAAUUUCGCAGAAAAUCGGCGCAAAUGAUCGACAGUUGGGCUUUGAAAUAGCACUGCUCGGCUUGAUGAUGUUUGUUGGAUGUGGGAGAAACUGUAUUCCGUCUUUCACGAACCAUGUCUAGCAGCAGAGGCCAGAAAUAUGAAUACACAGUUGCGUCUGGAACGUACAGUUUGGUGAAGAAGAUAGGCAGUGGAUCCUUCGGCGAUAUCUAUCUUGGUGUCGAUCUGACAACGGGGGAGGAAGUGGCUGUCAAGCUAGAACCCAAGAAUGCCAGACAUCCCCAGCUGCUUUAUGAGAGCAAACUCUACAAGAUACUCCAAGGAGGUGCAGGAAUCCCUAGAAUGAGAUGGUUUGGUCAGGAGAAGGCUUACAAUGUUCUGGUCAUGGAGCUGCUUGGACCAAGCAUUGAGGAUCUAUUCAUGUUCUGUAGUCGGAGAUUCACCAUGAAGACGGUCCUGAUGCUUGCAGAUCAGACAAUCAGUCGAAUUGAGUACGUUCACAACAGAAACUUCAUCCACCGUGACAUCAAGCCGGAUAAUUUCUUAAUGGGCGUUGGGAAACGUUGCAAUCAGGUGUUUUUAAUUGAUUAUGGUCUUGCCAAGAAGUACCGUGACAGUAAAACGAGGCAGCACAUACCUUACAGAGAAAAAAAGAAUCUGACAGGGACAGCAAGAUAUGCCAGCAUCAAUGCCCAUCUAGGAAUCGAGCAGAGUCGUCGAGAUGACUUGGAAUCUCUAGGCUACGUCUUGAUGUAUUUGAAUCGAGCUCAGCUUCCUUGGCAGGGUCUUCACGCUGUCAACAAGAAACAGAAGUAUGAGAAGAUCAGUGAGAAGAAACUAGCGACACCACCAGAGGUUCUGUGUCAGGGUUUUCCCGAGGAGUUCGCUCACUACCUUCGCUACUGCAGAGAUCUCGGCUUUGAUGAGGCACCUAACUACAUGUACUUACGCCAGCUGUUUCGUGUCCUGUUCCGUAAACUGAACCACCAAUAUGACUGUGUCUUUGAUUGGACCAUGCUCAAACAGAGAAUGGUUCAUAACCCAUUGUGCAGUGUUGCAAUGUCGCCCUCACCUGAUGGGGCAAUGCAACUGGAGGGUAGGACCUAUGCCAAACAUUGAGGGACUGAAGCCCAUAGGUACUGCUUGACCUUUGACAUGGCAGUGUCGCUCAAGUUAUCCAGCUACAACAAAAACAUUGACAGUGAAGGGAGCCACGUAACAACAAAGACUAAGAGAUUGGGCAAGUCUGAGGUCACCGCUGAACCUUUGAUGUGCCUGCUGCUCGUAUGAUGCACUUGCCAUUGGACAGAGUGAUAUACCCGGCCAAUCACAUAAGUCUUUCCACCGAGCAUCAGCUUGUGUUGUCUUGCUGCAUAUCAAAAUGCAUUGUGGGUUCUGAAAUGUCAACACAGUGAUGCUUUCUGGUAAGGUAAAUGAGGCCAUGACACAAUUGGCUUGAUGCUCAUUCUGAAACCCAAGUUCUAUUCUGAAAAUCUCCUACUUGUCUUAUGCUGGAUUGGACCGGUGGUCCUUGGUCAUGUCUAGAGUCAACACUAGGCUGCUGUUUAUCACAAGAAGUGAACUUUCUACACUGUCUUCUAUCAGUGUUCAUGUAAACAGUGAUGCAGAACACCUUUCCUUCAAUUGUCCAAGUGAAUUGUGACAUGUUCUAAGGCCAUCCUCCCCAGUUGCCAACAAUGAAUUUAUAGUAGUCAUUCCCUCGAUGUCUUGUGCGUGUGCAAUCUCUUAUAACUGCCCCAAACUUCAUGCACCCAGUUCAUUUUGAUCUUAAGAAUAUUUUGGCGUGGUACGACCCAAGCUGUAGGGCUGAUCUGAGCUGGAGGUAAUAUUGCAUGUCAGUAAGAAUACCGUGUGAGUACUCCUCAGAUACAGCAGAGUUGGUUGACACAGGAAAUACGAUGUACAUAAAUGCAUGCACUGUAUCACACAGUAUAAUCUGUAAUCCACAUUUUCACCUGUCCUAGUCUUUGCAUGCAGUUCAAGAGCAUGGAACAUUGAACUUGUUUCUUGAAGUAAUACAGGCGUUUCAAAAUAGUGCGCCCCCAAGAGUUUGCAACGCACUGACCAAUCACGCUGAGCGAAAUCUGUCGACCCAAUGCGCAUUUAGAAAGGGUUGACAGAUUUUGCGCGUUGUGAUUGGCCAAUGCGUUGCAGACUUUUGGAGGCACUUUAUUUGUGAAUCGCCCAUAUUGGAGACUGUCCUUUCAGAAUGGUAGAGUUGUUAUAAAGCUGUCUGUCAAUGAGAUAAAUGGAUGAAUUCUUUUGAGAAGGAGGUAUUUCUGCCUGAACUUUGAGAAAAUAUCAGCGCUUUCACUUCCGUUGUAAACCGUCUUUCCUUUUUCAAUCACAGUCUUUUCAGUUGAUGCUCAUGUAGAACAGAUUUCAACAAAAUUAAGAAAGUUAAACUUAAUGCACAGAGACUGCCUUUGCUAUGUUAGCUUUGCUUUUAGUUACGCAGUAAAUUUGAACUGAUAUUAGAUUUAAUUUCAGAUAUUGACGAGAGAUGAAAUGACAUGUAUGUUUACAAGUAAAGGGGUCUAUCUGAUAGGCUAGUUUGAUAUGUAUAUAUGUAAAGCAUGAAGUGCAGAAAUGUACAUAUUGUAAACAGAUAUUUUAUAUUUUUUAUGCAGAGCGGAUUGUAAGCAUUAGGAAUCGUGCUAGCAAUGCGAUCGAUUAUGGUUGGCAAUAAGAUAUGUUUGGUGUAGUUAUGGACUUCAAAUAGUAACAGA